AUGACUGAUACUUCUCCUAUUAUAAGAUCAUGUUACAAUGGUGAUGGACAGUAUUUAUGUUAUGUGUCUGUGGAACUUGACAAGCAAAGAGUAUCAGUAGUGCCUACUUCAUCUUACGACUCAAGCGUGGAACUUCCAUCACUGCUAAUAGAUGAGUCUGGUCUGCGAGUAACACAGUUGUGCUGGUUUGGGGCUCAGGAUAUCCAAUGUGUAUUGAUAGGUCUGAGCAACGGUGAAAUUUGGAUUUAUUCACCAUUGGCAAAUGAGAUAGUUACAAAGCUAUCUACUACCAAUGGUCAUGCUAUAACAGGUAUGGAUGUAAAUAGUGCCUAUAUCUGGUGUUGUGAUGCUAAUGAUAUGCUAUAUCAGUUUGAUGCCAAAUCAUAUCAAUUAUUAAAACAUUUCAAAGUCGACAAUGUUAAAGCAUUGACACAAUUGACCAUAUUCAAUGACGAACAAUUGUUACUAGCAUCACAUUCCAUCUACUUGGUCUCCCUUUCGGACAAGAAAGUAUUGCUUACUUACCCAGGUCAUAUUACACCAGUAUCCAAGUUGACCAAGCUGAAUAAUCAAUAUUUUAUUUCUUCUGCCUCUAGUGAUAGAUUCCUUAACAUUUAUGAUGUUCAAUCCGGAGAAACAAAAAAUAUCCUGGUAUCCAACUCUAAUAUUGUGAACUAUAGAGCUGACAAGGAGAAUGAUAUAAUUGUUACUACAGAAUCUGGAUCAGUGGAAGUAUUCAAAGAUGUACUAGUAUCUUCAGAUAUCACAUCUACAAAGAAGAGAUCAAGGGUAAAGAAGUCAAAGCAACCGGAUAACAUAAUUAAUCUGGUAAGCGAACAAGACCAAAAGAAAUCAUUUCCUGUACUAGAUGUAUUCAUUAAGAGUAGAUUGUUAAGUUUAGUCUGGUUUAGCAAUGUUACAAUUCCAAGAUUUGUUGAUCUAAAUUUAGAGAAUAUUCCAAGAGACUAUCAGCAUCCAGUGGACUCCAAAUUAAGGCAAAAGAAUUUCAACGAUUCCAGGAGCUUAUAUGGUAAUGAUGUAGCAUCAACAAAGGCCUAUAAAGAAGGUAAUGCCACAAUUACUUCUGGUGACAAUUAUAGACAUGUGACGCAAGCUAUUCAAGAUUGGGAAAAGGAACUACAAGAGAAGGAGAAAGCUGGUGAAGAUACAUCUGGUGAUCUGUCUUUACAGGAUAAACUUGAAGCAUCAAACUUUUCGAAAUUAUCAAACAACUUUGCCAAGAACAAAAUAUCCACCUCAUCUGAUAAACUGACGAAAUCUGCUAUAGUAGCUGGUACGGUCACCACUGUAUUGGCUCAAGCAUUGCAAUCCAAUGACCACUCCUUACUUGAAACUGUAUUGAACAACCGUGAUGAGAGGGUGAUAAGAGAUACUAUCCUGAGAUUAAAAGCACCUCUGGCUAUUAUACUGCUGGAGAGAUUAGCAGAAAGAAUUGCAAGACAGUCACACCGUCAAGGUCCAUUAAACAUUUGGGUAAAGUGGUGUUUAAUUAUCCAUGGUGCGUAUCUAGUAAACAUACCGAAUUUGAUGUCAAGCUUAGCGUCCUUACACUCUACCUUGAGGAAAAGAGCAGAAUUACUGCCUAAACUAAUGGGCUUGGAAGCACGUUUGAAUAACGUUGUCAUUUCUCCAACUUCUAAGGAAGACCUAGAAGAUGAAGUUACAGUUGAAUUUGAUGAAGAUGAGGAAGAUGUCGAAUACAAUGAAGAGCUUGAUGAUGCUGGUCUAAUAGACGAUGGUGAAGAAGAGUAUGAAACCGGAUCUGAGGAAGAAGAUGACGAUUCGGAAGUAGAGGGAGAUGAUAAACAGGCAUUAGAAGAAGAUGAUGACUCGGAGGCAGAAGAAGAAGGCUACAGUGAUGUCGAAGUUUAA